AUGUCGACAAACUCCCUGGAAAUUGUGUUCCGUAAUGGUAGCUCCACGAAGCAGGCCGUGCCUCUCAUUGAUUCUCACGAGGAGAUUCAGAGCGUAGCGAUCGUGUUGGGGUGGACGACGGUGGUGGUGAGCAAGCGUGGUUCGUCGCUGGAAGUUCUCCUGGACGAUCAGCAUCCUCCGCGGGUUGCAUCGGCACCAGGCGAUACGAACUGUACUGAGGACGACGCAGUCGAGAUCAACGUAGUGGCGGCGGCCGACAAUGAGGUGGAGCAAGGCACUGAUCGAGACCCGCCACGAUCGUCGACCUCGGCGAUCACCGAGCAGUACACGAGGGAGGCGCGGGGGCUGCUCAUGGUCCUGGCGACCUUGUUCUUGCAAAUGGCGUACCAAGCGGCCGCCAAUCCCCCCGGCGGUUUCUGGCAGGACGAUCUGAGUAGUGCCACGCAGCAGCUGGCCGGCGGCGGAUCCUCGGUGGCGGCGGUCCCGCACCGCGCGGGGGACCCGAUCAUCCGCGACAAGUUCCGGAGCUGCUACGUGGGCUUCGCGUGGCUCAACGCGCUGGCCCUCGCCUGCUCCUCCUUCCUGAUACUGUUCCUGCUGGCGCAGCCUCUGUUCCGGAGCCGACAAGCGAGCCAUCCUCGGUGGCCGACGCUGAUCAUGUACGUCAAUCUGGUGCUGAUUCUGGCGGCAUACACGACGGGAGCAGUCACCAAGGCGGAGCUGAUGAUAUCGCUGAUUCCCAUCGAGGUCGUGUCUGGCAUGAGCGUGGUCAUUCUGUACAUAUACACCGAGGGAAAGAUCUUUAGCAUGAAAACGUUAACUCGGAUCAGAGCAGCAGAAUAUCUGAUGGGCUGGGUCAAAAAAUGA